GACGAAAAUUCAAAAGCAAACCUCAAACAGUGCAAUUGAAUCAGAGCCAGUUUUGAGGUCAAGACCACCCUCGUUCUUACAUGAGAUAUAGCAUAAAGCCAGUUGACUCGCAUCCAUGGUACCAGGUCUUACGUGCGGGUCAUCCUUUAUUUUGACAAGUUUAUCUAAGCUCAUGAUUCUUCUCUUAUCCUUAUGUGUAAAUGCCUUUAAUGCUGAGCUAUAUCAUAUUUGGUCCUAUUUGGCAGUCUUAUUUUCUGUGUAUUACACCAUCAAGUUUCAAUGAAGAGAGGCAUGAGGAAAACAGCAGGUGGCCUUCUAGGACUCUUUGUCUACUCCUUUCUACUCUCCACCAUUAGAGUCUCCAGUGCUCCAGACAUCAUUAGUCCAGGUCAAUUUAUCGGAGAUGGUGACACAAUAAUUUCAGCUGGCCAGAACUUUGAACUUGGAUUUUUCAGUCCAGGUAGUUCAACAAGGAGAUACUUGGGCAUUUGGUACAAGAAGUUAUCUACUGGAACUGUUGUUUGGGUGGCCAACAGAGAAAUUCCAAUCUUCGAUCAUUCAGGAGUUCUAUAUUUCACUAAUCAAGGAACUCUUCUUCUUCUAAAUGGCACUAAAGACGUUGUUUGGUCAUCUAAUAGGACCACACCGAAAAACAAUCCAGUUGCUCAACUCUUGGAAUCAGGAAAUCUUGUUGUCAAAGAUGGAAAUGAUUGCAACCCAGAGAGUUUUUUAUGGCAAAGCUUUGAUUAUCCAGGCGACACCAAUCUUCCAGACAUGAAACUCGGAAGAAACUUGGUUACUGGUCUAGACUGGUCCAUUUCAUCUUGGAAAAGCUUGGAUGAUCCUGCUAGAGGAGAGUAUAGUGUUGGAAUAGAUCCUCGUGGUUAUCAACAACUAGUUUAUAAGAAGGGGAGGGCAAUACAAUUCAGAGCUGGAUCAUGGAAUGGCAUUCGUUUUACAGGGACUACUAGAUUGAGACCAAAUCCAGUAUAUAGAUACGAGUUUGUGUUGAAUGAUAAAGAGGUCUAUUUCAAUUUUGAGCUUCUAAACAGUUCAGUGGCAUCGCGGUUUGUGGUGAAUGCUUCAGGAGUUGUAGAGAGGUUGACCUGGAUAUCACAAGUGCAUAGAUGGACUCGCUACUUUGCUGUUGGUGAAGAUCAGUGUGACGCUUAUUCCUUUUGUGGUUCAAAUGCUAAAUGUAACAUUGAUAAGUCCCCCGUGUGCGCAUGCUUGGAUGGAUUUGAGCCUAAUUCUGCCAGAGAUUGGAGUUUCCAAGACUGGUCUGGUGGGUGUGUUAGAAGGACUACCUUGACUUGUAAUAGAGGAGAAGGAUUUGUGAAGCACACGGGAAUGAAACUGCCAGAUACAUCGAGUUCAUGGUAUAACACGAGCAUCAGCCUCAAAGAAUGCCAGGAGUUAUGUUUGAAAAACUGCUCUUGCAUGGCAUAUGCAAAUACGGAUGUCAGAGGAGGAGGAAGUGGAUGCUUGCUUUGGUUUGGUGAUCUGAUUGACAUGAGAGAAUUUGUCAAUACAGGGCAGGACCUCUAUAUACGGAUGGCUGCUUCAUAUCUAGAUAACAUCAAGAGGAACGAAAGAGCGAAAGGCGAGAUGCUAGUGGGAUUCAUAGUCUGCCCGAUUUUAUUGGUCACUGGAGUUUCUGUACUAGGAUGGAUGUUUCAUAGGAGGAAAAGGAAAAUUAGAAACCAAGGGAAGAUGAAAAACAUUCUUGAAAUGGAUUAUGAUAACCACAGCAGGAAGGAAGAGCUGGAGUUGCCGAUAAUUGAUUUGAGCACAAUAGCAAAAUCGACCGGUAACUUCUCAAGCAACAAGAAGUUGGGGGAAGGUGGAUUUGGACUUGUAUACAAGGGUACAUUAUAUGGGCAAGACAUAGCAGUGAAGAGGCUUUCAAUGUAUUCUGGACAAGGGAUUGAAGAGUUCAAAAAUGAAGUUUUGUUGAUAGCCAAACUUCAACACCGCAAUCUUGUAGAGCUUCUGGGUUGUUGCAUUGAAGGAGACGAAAGAAUGCUGAUUUAUGAAUACAUGCCCAACAAAAGCUUGGAUUAUUUUAUUUUUGAUCAAUCAAGAAGCAAAUUACUGGAUUGGCCUACGCGCAUUAGCAUUAUGGAUGGAAUUGCUAGAGGGCUUCUAUAUCUUCAUCAAGACUCAAGGCUCAGGAUUAUCCAUCGAGAUCUCAAAGCCAGCAAUGUUCUGCUAGAUACUGAUAUGAACCCAAAAAUUUCAGACUUCGGAAUGGCAAGAAUAUUCGGCGGAAAUCAAACUGAGGCAAAUACAAAUAGAGUAGUGGGAACAUAUGGUUACAUGGCUCCCGAGUACGCUGUUGAGGGACUCUUUUCUGUGAAAUCGGACGUCUUUAGCUUCGGUGUAUUAGUAUUAGAAAUAGUUAGUGGAAGGAAAAACAGAGGAUUUUUCAGUCAUAAUCAUCACCUCAACCUUGUCGGACAUGCAUGGAAACUAUGGAUGGAAGAGAGGUCUUUAGAACUGACUGACAAUACAUUAGGUGCCUCUCACGCCCUGUCGGAAAUAAUACGAUACAUACAUGUAGGUCUGCUAUGCGUUCAGCAGCAACCUGAUGACAGGCCGAACAUGUCAACUGCAGUUCUAAUGUUGGGCGGUGAGAGUUCAUUGCCUCAGCCAAAGCAGCCCGGUUUUUUCCUAGAAAGGAAUGUUCCUCGUACAGAGUCUUCCUCAAGUAAUUAUAAAUCUACUUCAACAAAUGAAAUCACCAUGACAGUGCAAUAUCCACGUUAGAA